CCAGGCAAACACACAGGGAGGUUCAUCUCAACUCCUCAACAUGAGGGGACAUUGGGUGAUAAAAAGGAUUCCUUUGCCGUGGUUUAGGAGGGACAAGUCACAGAAUGAGUCCUCACCCCUCAUACCAAAGGCAAGCUCUGCAAAAGAGGAUGCCGAGGAGGUUGAUCUUGUCACUCCGGAUUGUAUGGAAGCGGGGACAACCAAAGGACAAGACCACAACAACUCUAACAGUUAUUCUUUAAUUGACUAUUUCCUCAAAUAUUUCCUGUUCCUGUGCAACUUUAUGUUCACAGUUCUGGGCCUUGUGGUUCUCGGUCUGGGGAUGUGGGGCCUCAUCAGCAAAGAGUCAUUUGCUCAGGAGAAGGUCGGCAGUAUCGGUACUGACCCCAUGCUGAUACUUGCGACUCUGGGCCUUGUGCUCACCUUGCUCUGCCUGACAGGCUGUGUGGGCACGUUAAGAGAGAACUGCUGCUUACUGAAGCUGUUCUCCGCUCUGGUGCUGGUGCUCGUCACAGCCCAGGUGCUGGCUGCCAUCAUGCUCUACAGUCUACAGGAUCAGAUUGGAAACUACAUCCGGUCAGGAAUGUUGACCGCCAUGGUGCACUACCAGGAUGAUCUGGAUCUGAGGUUCAUCACAGAUGAGAUCCAGUCCAAUCUGCAGUGCUGCGGGGCAGAUAACUACCGCGACUGGGACGUCAACAUAUAUUACAACUGCUCAGCUCCAGGAGUGCUGGCCUGUGGCGUCCCUGCGACUUGCUGUGUGGACCCUUUGGAAAACGGCACAGUGUGGAAUUCUCAGUGUGGUGUUGGAGCCCAGCUGCUUGACGAGUUUACUGCUCAGAGUGUCAUUUUCCUGGGUGGCUGUCUGGGGGGAAUCUCUCGCUGGAUCGAGCAGCACAAUGGCUUGAUCGGGACAGUCGCCAUUGUCAUAGUGGGCGUCCAGAUUUUGACUCUGUUAAUCACUACACGACUGCUGGAGACCAUACAGAGGCACUGAGUAUUAUGACAUAGACUGACGAGUGAUAUUUAAGUAUUCCUUACUGACUUGGAGUGAAAAACAUAGCGGGUGGUGACAGACAUAAUUAAUUCUGCAAAGAAAACAUCAAGGUUUUCAGAGAGAUCGAAGGUAAGGCAUUCAAAUUACAAACCUCAAGUGAGUCAGUCACACUUGACCUAAUUAUCAAUUAUCAUGUGCCUUAUACCGUCAUUCUUCUGUAAAAACCUUAACUUCUCCGGAAAAACACGUUGUUGGCCACAUGUUCAGCAAAAGACCAUCAAAUUAGAUCAUAAAUCAGACACAAUCUCCAUAAAGGUUGAAAACUGGUCUAAUAACAUAAUAACUAACAAUAACUGUUUUCCUCAUAAAAACAUAUUUAAUGAGCGACUGUUGUCAUUAGCUCUUGGUGAACAUUAACAUCUUUCUGAAAGAAAUUCUAUUUGAUUAUGUGUGAACUGGAUGAAAGGUGAACUGUGAACAGACAAUAGACUAGCGACAACAUUACUCCAUGUAAAACCGCAAUUUGUCAUUUGUAGAAUUGUUGUGUAAUAUUUAUUGGAGAUACAACAUCCAGCAUGUUGGUUUGUGAGCUUUAGAGCAGCUGGAAGGCAGAUUGUGUUGUUUGGGCAAAGUCAGACAAGCGGUUUCCCCUGUGUCCUUUCUUUGUGCUACGCUAAGCUAAGCUAACUAGCUUGCAACUAUACAGACAUGUGCGCUAAAUCCUAUACUCUAAUCAUAAACUGUUUCUAUAAGUUUCAGGGAAGGCCCUUUGAAUUUGACCCUUUACACAACCAUGAUCAUUGUGUGAUCACAAUAUGGCACAGUUCUUUUUUUAAAAAAAGGGACAGAUCAAAGCAGUGCAAUAAAGAUAACGUCAUGUUUCAAACAUGUUGACAUUGUCUGAUUACAGCAACAAUUCAGUUUAUCAAAGAGGAAAAUAAGGAGGAAGGAAAAAAACCUUUAGUUUUUUGUUUUUUUUAAAAAAAAGGUCAAACUUUAUUCUGCAUUUGAUUACAACAGUAUGAUGUAUGCUGAAAGUUGUAAUGAAACCUAAAGCCAGUAAAAAAAGUUACAGCUUCCAUAGCACAUGGUUGUGAUUUAAUGUAUAAAACAACUUGGACAAAAAUCAGCAUCCACAAUAUACACUUAACAUACUUUACAUCAAGCCACGAUUGAUGAUUCCGACUGGCAUUGAAAGCCCCAUCAGGUCCCAUUGGUGGCUUCCCACGGGCAGAUUACAGUGAUGUCUAAAAAGAAAAUAAAAAAUGGUCAGAGCAAAAACAAGGACAGGCUACAUGGUUUAAAUGUGAUUCCAUAACUGCCAAUUCUCCAUACCAGUGCCAAGACCUUCCAUUCCUGGGAUCUCCUCUCCAAAACUGAUAAAGAGAGACAGAUUCACCUUAACGGUGGAUGGUGGUGGUUUCUAUUAAAAUUCUUUAGAGGUCAGGAAAAAACUGACAUACCCGAUGACGCCCCUCUUAGGAGGCUUACUCUUGAACUGGCGGCUGUUCCUCUAUUUGAACUUUUGUGGACUUGCACAGGGAUACAGGACCUGUGGCUCUGAGGGGAGCUUUGCUUUCCAUCUUCAUUUCAGGUUUGCCCACAUCCAUAUUCAUUUUACAGUCCUUUAAGCUACAAUGGGAUAUUCAGAGUCACUUAUUUGACUUUUGGUUCACAAUAAUUUGGCAAACUAUUGUAAUCUUUAUUCAAACAUUUCUAAACAAGUUAACAUCUUAAUAAUUCUACAGAGCAGAGUCUGCUGUAAUCUCAUGCUCCCAUCACUUAUUAAACAGCUAAAGCCUCUAAGCUAUACAGUGCCUCCAUAAUCAGAACACUGUGAAGACACAGAUGGUGAAUCUGCCCCAACACAACAAGACAAUACAUUGUUAUUUACAUGAUCACAUUUUCUGCAGGUGGAAGAAGUUUUGGAAGUCAACUUUAGCAAAACCUUCGCCAUCAUCACAAUGUAUGUGUACAGAGUGGAGCGCAAUAAAAUAUGCCACAAUA